GUGGAGUCUGAGAGUGAUGCUGAACCAGAUGUCAUCCCCUUACAAGAGGGAUGCCGGCCUGGGGAUCAAGAGCUAAACCCAGCCAUACUUCUACCCCCAGAUCGCUACAAAUACGCUCCAGUGUCUCCCCACGUCCCCCUGCAAGCUGUGGGUCGCUAUGACGGCGUAGCGACGACGGUCCCAGCAACGUCCUUCAAGCCAACAGAUGUCUCAGGCUACACACUACCUUACGACACGCAGAACAGCGAGUGCCCGCACUCACAACAUCUCCAGCUUCCCACCUCGGCAACUCUACCGAGGUCGGCGCAUCGUCCGCCGGGUCAAAAUUGCCGUCAUUCUCCUCCCAUCAAUCCCCAUCAACUGCCUUUUCCAGGAAUUGAAGGCAGUCUUCCCCCGCCGCCUGUUGAGUACCAGAACUCGAGAAGGAAGCGGGGCUCUCUCGGAGAAAGUGCAUGCACUCACUCUGCAGGAGAGGAAGAUACUCCAAGCACUCCUUUGCUUGCCAAGAGAGAGAGUUCAGUAUGAUAGCAAGAAUGAU